AUUGGAUAUGAAGGGUGACAUUGAUAUUUCAGGAAUUGUGAGUCCAAACCUUCAGUCAAAUAUCUUUGGUUGAGAAGAGAAAUAUGAUUCUUGUAAACUUCAUCAUCUUCUUCCUUAACAUGCUCUACACCCUUUUCAACACCUUCAGCAGGGUCUUCAGACUUUCUCCACCCAAUCCAUUCAACAAGGAUUCAAGGAAACCUAGGAAACCCUACGAACAUGACCCAGAAGCUAGAAGUUAUGUUUUGCAGCAAAACUUUUCCAUCGAUAAGGUUCCAUCCGCCCUGGAUGCUGUGGUGAUAGGAUCUGGAAUAGGAGGACUUACAACAGCAGUUAUUCUCGCUAAAUCUGGCAAAAAGGUAUUGGUGCUGGAGCAGGGUAAGGUUGCAGGAGGGUGCUGUAGCACUAUACCGGAGCAAGGUUUAAACUUUGAUAUAGGAGUUCAUUAUGUUGGAGAAAUGGGAGACAAUUCGUUCUGUAGAACAUUCUUCGAUCAGAUAACUGACGGUCAGGUUGAAUGGACAAAACUAGAAGAUCAGUUUGAUAUUGUUUAUAUUGGAGAUAAACAUAAACAAAGAAUCUAUCCUGUAACUGCUGGCCUAGAGAACUGGAAAGUACUAUUGAAAGAACAGUUCCCCGCGGAAACUAUUGGAAUAGAUCAAUAUUUUGCUCAUAUACACACAUGUGAAAACGCUAAAUUUAUCUUUGGUGCUCUCAAGAUGAUGCCGUUAUGGUUUGUCCAUUUACUGGUUAAAACUGGAAUUCUCCGUGUUGUGACAAACAUGUGGAAAGACGCGUACACCCGUAGCGCUCUUGAACUUGUCCAGGACCUCACACACAACCAUGAUCUUCAAACCAUGCUAUUGUACUACUGGGGGGAUGUUGGAACCCUCCCAUCCAGGACCUACUUCUCCACCAUGGCCCUGAUCAGCAAGCACCUGAACCUGGACGGAUCUUACUACCCUAUCGGAGGACCAAGUGAACUCCCCUUCAAUAUGAUUCCCAUAAUAGAGAAGGCAGGUGGUCGUGUUCUGGUUUCUGCAGAUGUUGAUGAAAUAUUCUUUACUAAAGGAAAGGUUAGCAGUGUUUGUGUAAAACAUAAUGGGGAGAAGUUUACAGUUCCAUGUAAAAUGGUGAUCUCAGACGCAGGACUUUACAACACAAUCAUGAAACUAGUUCCAACCCUUGUUGCUAAAAACUCCUACUAUUAUGAAAUAGCUAAUGAGCUAAGUGAACCGUGUAUGACUGUUAUCUCCUGCUAUGCCGGUCUAGAUGGUACUCCAGAACAGCUGGGGAUCAAACCACAGAACUACUGGUUCUUCUUAAAGGGAGAUGAUAUUGAUAAAGAGGUGAAGGAGUAUCUAAACGCUGAUCUUGAAGAUCUGAUUAAACCUGAAGCUGAUAUCCCUUCUGGAUUCAUAUCAUUUAAUUCCGCCAAGGACCCAGAGUGGAACAUGCUGAAGGAGAGGAGAGGGAAAACGACCAUGGAGAUUUUAAUUGUUGCAAACUGGGAUUGGUUUAAGGAUUGGAAAAACGUGGAACAUAAGGGGACUGAGUACAAACAUAUCAAGGAGGCGUUCGGUAACAAAAUGAUCGCCCGAGCAGUGGAAAUGUUUCCAAAGAUUAAGGAUCGAAUAAUAUUCCGACGGGUUGGGACUCCGCUAGCGUAUGAUCAUGCUAUAAGGAAACAUCAUGGUGGAAUGUAUGGACUAGAUCAUGCUAUGGCAAGGUAUGCUCCAUGGAUGGAGGCUCGUCUGCGUGCUAAGACCGAUCUGCCCGGCCUCUACCUGACCGGGCAGGAUGUUCUCGACUCAGGGGUGGUCAGCGCUGCUUUCAGCGGGGCACUCACUGCGCAGGCCUGUCUUGGUCGACCUGUACUGUGGGAUUUAUAUCAACUCCAUACUAAGCUCUUCAAACAGAGACGGAAAUAGAAGACGACUUACAUCAUAAUACUGCUGAUGGCCACCGUUUUUGAUCUCGUGCUAAUGAAAAAUAUUGUCUAUAGUAAUUUAUUCUAUACAAGUUGUAUCAUUAAAUAAAUGUCGAUAAUAACAUAAA